CUCCUAAAAAGUAUGGUUCCUCCAAUCCCCUUCUUCCCCAUUUCCCAACCCCCUUCUUCUCCACCCUAAAUUCCUCCCUCCUUAACUCCCUUAACCUUCCUUCAUCCAACUAAAUUUGUUCGGAGCACUAUACUUAGUUAGGCUGGGCCUAGCUGCUUUAAGAGUGAAGUCACGGCCAAGGAAUAUAAGAAGAGGUCAGGGUCAAAGGCUGAAUGGGACUGGGCAGAGAGAGGAGUGAGGGGGUAGUGAUUUUAUGUCGUUCAAGAGGAGGAUUGAUAUGGUGGGCUUAGACAAAGGCCUAGGAGGUUUAUUAUGACUAAAGGAUGAUCUAUAGCUCUGAAGAAGAGUAUUAUGGAUAUCUAGUUCUUAAAUAACAUAUCUAUCAUACACACUUAAUACAAAAAUGGUUAAUAGUAAAUAAUCCAUUAUAUAGAAUGCUAAGAAAAAUAGCAAGACUCCUCCAAGCUGUUGAUGGAUUUGGGAAAACAGUGACUAUGAGCCAUCAGGACAAACUCAAGUUCAAAACUGUCUGUGGUGGAUUGAUGACAAUUUUAGCCACAGUCUUUGUUUCUGCAUUUGCUUAUUUUAUGUCAAUGGAGCCAUCAGAGAUGAAGAACAUAAUUAGUACAAAUGCAUAUAAGAACUCCACCAUUGAUGCAGAUUGGAUAACAUCAAUAGAAACAGUUGUUACUUCAGAAUUUACAGAUUAUUCAGACAGCGAAGAUGCUAAAAUCCAUAAUCUGACCUCUAAUGGAUUUGGGAUAUCACUAGACCCAAACUUAAUCCCAAACAGUGAAUAUGGAAAAUUCACUGCAAACACGAGAGUUCGCAAAAAUGGCGGUAGUGCUGUAACAUCGUCAGUCACUCUUAAAAACUGUACGCAAGCUCUCUUCCCUGACAAGGACUGGGAUAGUGCUCUUCACUAUGGGUUGAAAUAUGAUCUAUGACUAAACACUGAUGAAUUAAAUCUUCAAGCUAAUCUAGAAGCAGAUAAUUAUGAAGCAAUACAAUUGUAUUACUACAAGUGUCUCUCCUCUGAUACAUGAGUAAGCUCCAGUGAUUCAAGUACGUAUCACAGAUACAAAGAUAUGACGCCAUAUGCUCUGAACUCUUUCUAUAACAGCUCUGAUCUUUCAGAUCCUAUCAAGCAGUACAUCAAACAGCUAGACCCAGUGGAAUUAGGGUACAUGUCUUAUGUUAGCUAUUAUAUUGAAGUAAGAGAGAAUGAAGUGAUAUUUCUGAACGGCACAACUCAGACUUUCUAUGAUGCAUAUUCUGCCUAUGAUUACAAAUUCCCAUUCCAUAACUUCGCUCCAUCAACUACAGCCAAAAUCACAGUGAUGAUGAGUAAUGAAAAGAGAACUUACAAACAAGUUGAAAGAAUUGUGCCAAAUUUAUCAAAUUUCAGAAAUCUUGACUCUUCUGAAGUAUCUCUUAGUACUGCAGGACAGACUAUAGAGAGCAAUUCUACUACUAAGACUGAAGAGAAAAUAAACAAAGACCUCCCUUAUAAGAUUAUGACUAUUCUUUCUCAGACUGGUGGUUUCUGUUACCUGGUUAAUUUAAUAUUUGGUACUUUAAUAUCUCCAUUUGUGAACAACAUGAAGCUUGCAUCUAUGAUAAAUUCUAUCAAAUCUCGAAGACAAAGAACAAAAGAGAAAUCAUACCAAAACCCUCUCCAAAAGAACUCCCCUCAUGAAGAAAACAAGCAAAACAACACCAGCCCCUUUAAAAGAAUCCAUCAACAAAUAGACCCCACCAUCAACGACUCUUCCGCCAACCUCAACCUCCACGACCCCAAUGACCUAAACCUCCAGUACUCUACACCCAAAAAUCCCAGUACAAAUUUCCCGAAGAAAGUCUCCUCCAAAAAGAGAUUUCGAACUUAUGGCCUCUGAGAUGUCCUCGUGAGUACAGUAAAUCCACUAAAAUGUGUGAAGAAGUUGAGGAUCUGUAAGAACUUUGAACAUGACAAGCAAGUGUUGAUGGAAGAGAUUUGUGUAGCAAGGAUUUGUGAGGAUUUGAAGAAUUUGAGUAGGGUGAAGGGAAGGAUUUUGAAGGAUAUACAGGGGCUGAAGGAAGCGGUGCAGGAGAUUUCGAGGAGGGUAGAAGGGGAUGAUAGGAGUGGAAGGCAAGAGAAUGAUGGUUCUCAGGUGGAUGAGAGCCCAGAGAACAGUGUUUUUAAAAAUUUGAAUGAAGAUCAGGUUUCUGCAUUUACGCGCCCAAUCUCAUCUCAUAAGCACCAGUCACCCUCAGUUCACCAAGAAGCGAUAACCUCCAUCCACAAAAUAGUCAACCAUGAACUCUCUGCAUCCCAGCCCCACUUAGUGCAUGGCCAAACUUCUAAGAGCAUGAAAGGGAAGAAUAAGCAACCAAGUACUCAGUGGGAGAGUUUGAAGGAAGAGAUCAAAGAGGCAGUAAAGAAAUUGUAAUGGUGGUAUUAAUAGUACUCAUAAAACGUUUUUCAACCA